UCCCGCUGAUGAUUCCAUGUCCAAAGCUGUGUGUAUUUCUUGCAAAAGAAAAUAAUAUUUUUAUUUUAAAAAAAUGUUAGGAGUGUUUAGCAGCGCGAUUGUGUCGCCUCCCGACGAGCUUGUGGCAGCGGGAAGCCGGACUCCGUCGCCGAAGAUCUCGGCGGAUGCUCUGGUUAAGCGAUUCGUUGACACCAACUCAUCCGCCGUGUCGGUGCGGGUCGGAGACGACUCGCAGGUGGCCUUCACUCACCACAACGAGUCCAUGCUGCUCCCGAGAUCAUUUGCAGUCAAGGAUGAGAUCUACUGCUUGUUUGAGGGAGCUCUAGACAACUUGGGUAGCCUAAGGCAGCAAUAUGGCCUAGCCAAGUCUGCGAACGAGGUGAUUUUGGUCAUUGAGGCUUACAAGGCUCUUCGUGAUCGGGCACCUUACCCUCCUAACCACGUUGUUGGUCACCUUAGUGGGAGCUUUGCAUUCAUUGUCUUCGACAAGUCCACUUCCACCUUAUUUGUGGCUUCUGACCAAUUUGGUAAGGUUCCUCUGUAUUGGGGAAUCACUGCUGAUGGAUACGUUGCUUUCGCAGACAAUAUUGAUUUGCUUAAGGGCGCUUGUGGCAAGUCACUUGCUUCUUUCCCUCAAGGAUGCUUCUUCUCCACUACAAUUGGAGAACUGAGAAGCUUUGAGAAUCCUAAAAACAAAAUCACUGCAGUUCCAGCCAAGGAGGAAGAGAUCUGGGGUGCUACAUUUAAGGUGGAGGGGCCAGCAGUCCUCGCAGCCACAGAAUAGGCGAUUGUCUUUUCUCCGCCAAAAUCUAAAUAUUCCAAUGAAGGGAAAAAGGGCUUUUAUGUGGUUGUGAGUUCAGCAUGAGGGGCCAGGUGAAUAGUUGAAUGAGUUUGACUCUUUGUAGAAUGCACUAGCAUGGUUGUGAAAGAAUAGCUCCAACUCCUUUGUAGGUAGCUUUGUCAUAGGAGCUUCGGUCCAUUUCCCCCCUGUAAUAUGUACAGCUAUCUUUUCUAGUUCAAUAAGUUUGUUUGGUGCUUGAUAA